UAUAAGAGCAAACCCUACCGCCUCCAUCGUCUUCUCUGACGAGGCAAAUCAUAAACCUUCACUGAGGCUCAACCUUCUCAUUAGCCGCCAGCCAUGGUGAAGUACUCCAGGGAGCCCGACAAUCCCACCAAGUCAUGCAAGGCUAGGGGAUCCGACCUCAGAGUUCAUUUCAAGAACACUCGGGAAACUGCCUUUGCCAUUAGAAAGCUGCCCUUGACCAAGGCAAAGACAUACUUGGAGGAUGUUUUGGCCCACAAACAAGCCAUACCAUUCAGACGAUUCUGUGGUGGUGUCGGGCGUACCGCACAGGCGAAAAACAGGCAUUCCAAUGGGCAAGGUCGUUGGCCAGUGAAGUCUGCAAGAUUCAUUCUUGAUUUGCUCAAGAAUGCUGAGAGCAAUGCUGAGGUUAAGGGUUUGGAUGUCGAUUCACUCUACAUUUCCCACGUCCAGGUCAACCAAGCGCAGAAGCAAAGGCGUCGUACCUACCGUGCUCAUGGAAGAAUCAACCCUUAUAUGUCAUCUCCCUGCCAUAUUGAGUUGAUCUUGUCUGAGAAGGAAGAGCCUGUUAAGAAAGAGCCUGAGACCCAAUUGGCAACUAGCAAAUCGAAGAAAUCUUCGGCUCUGCGCAGUGGUGCUUCUUCAUGAGUUCCAUUUGUUCAGUUCGACUAAUUGAAGGCUUCUCACAUUUUUCAUGUCUUUCGCUCGUGGAGUUUUUGUUGCGUUUCAUAGCAUGAAAUAUCAUGUAGACGAUUCAGACAUCAUGUUUUGUUCCAAAUUAUGUUUAGCUUGAUGUUAUCCGAGUAUUUUUGCUGAAUUUUUGGUUGUUAGCCAAUUCUAGUCUUUACAUAUAUGUCACAGUUUUUCAACUU